AUGGCGGAGUUCAAUUCAGCGUUGGGCCCAGGAGGAUCACAGCAGCAGCCACCGCGAGAUAUUUCGGAAGCAGUUCUCCAAAUUCUCUCCAACCAGCAGAGGCUGAUGCAGCAACUUUCUCAGCAACUGGGAGAAACGCAGAUCGCCGUGCAAAAUCUGUCCCGCAACGAAUCGGUAUUGGAUUCUUUAUCGAACAACAUGGCGGAAUUCGUCUAUGAUAAAGACAAUGGGCACACUUUCGACGCGUGGUUUUCCCGCUAUGCAGAUUUGUUCGACAAGGAUGCAGCCAGAAUCGACGAUGCCGCCAAAGUGAGACUUCUGCUACGGAAACUAAGCCCACCGGAUCACGAACGGUACAACAGCUUUAUUUUGCCGAAGCAAUCGCGGGAUUUUUCGUUUGAUCAAACCGUCGAGAAGCUGAAAUCCCUGUGUUAUGUUUCCUGA